GGUUCCGGGAGGAGCGGGUGAGAUCCCGGUCCGGCCUCGCUGGGAUCCGCGGGGAACCGGGCAUGGCUCCGGGGAGAGCGGGGCGGCAGGCAGAGCCAGGAGGAGGCGGCGGCCCGGGGAGGCCUCGCAGCGGGAGGUAACAAAACCCAAACAAACCAAAAAAAUCACACAAGGACAGAGUUCACUGAAAUGUGAGAAUGGCCAAUUCUUUAAGAGGUGAAGUGAUAAAACUGUACAAAAAUCUGCUGUACCUUGGAAGGGAGUAUCCCAAAGGAGCCGACUACUUCAGAAGCCGUUUGAAAGCAGCUUUUCUAAAAAACAAAGAUGAGACAGAUCCUGAAAAAAUUAAGCAGCUGAUUGCCCGGGGAGAAUUUGUUAUAAAGGAGCUGGAGGCUUUGUACUUCCUGAGGAAAUACCGAGCCAUGAAGCAGCGCUACUACAGCGACGACAAGCCCUGACUGUGCCUGUAACCACACACACCCAGGAAAAGUAACAAUAAAAGAGCUCUAACUGCAAA